AUGUCCAUCAAGUUAACGGAGAGCAGAGAGAUGCAGGACGACAGCUUGGAGGGAAUGAACGGGGAAGGUGUUCUGUGGAACCUGUCGUCCUGCGACGCCCUGAAGAUGCCCAUCAUCCAGGACGCCCUGGCCGUGCUGACCAACGCUGUGAUCAUCCCACACUCAGGCUGGGACACCUCCCCACACACACAGGAUGACCGCAAGCUGCACCUGCACUCCUCCCAGGUCCUGCGCAACGCCACCGGCUGCCUCCGGAAUGUGAGUUCUGCCGGGGAGGAGGCCCGGCGGAGGAUGAGGGAGUGCGAGGGCCUAACGGACGCUCUGCUCUACGUCAUCCAGACCGCGCUGGGCAGCAGCGAGAUCGACAGCAAGACUGUGGAGAACUGUGUGUGCAUCCUGAGGAACUUGUCGUACCGUCUGGCUGCAGAGACGUCUCACAGCCAACAGGGCGGGUCAGAGGAGCUGGACGGCCUGUUAUGUGACACUGGAGGCAAGGACGCGGAGAGCUCCGGGUGCUGGGGCAAGAAGAAGAAGAAAAAGAAGGGUCAUGACCAGUGGGAUGGUGUGGGCCCCUUUCCAGACUUGGCAGAGCCCCCAAAAGGCAUCCAGAUGUUAUGGCACCCCACCAUUGUCAAGCCCUACCUCACCCUGCUGUCGGAGUGCUCCAACCCGGACACCCUGGAGGGAGCAGCGGGGGCUCUGCAGAACCUGGCUGCUGGCAGCUGGAAGUGGUCUGUUUACAUCCGAGCUGCAGUUCGCAAAGAGAAGGGUCUCCCUAUCCUAGUGGAGCUUCUGAGGAUAGACAAUGACCGGGUGGUUUGUGCUGUGGCCACAGCCCUGAGGAACAUGGCUCUGGACAUAAGGAACAAGGAGCUCAUUGGUAAAUACGCCAUGAGGGACCUGGUGCACCGUUUGCCUGGAGGCAGCAACAACAACAACACCAGUAGUGGGGGGGGAGGGGGGAGCACUAACAGCAGCACCCUGGGGGGCAAGACCAUGUCGGACGACACCAUCACGGCUAUCUGCUGCGCCCUGCACGAGGUCAUCACCAAGAACAUGGAGAACACCAAAGCCCUGAGGGACGCCGGCGGCAUCGAGAAGCUGAUCAGCGUGGCUCGCAGCAAGGGAGACAAACAUAGUCCCAAAGUGGUGAAAGCAGCAUCGCAAGUCCUGAACAGCAUGUGGCAAUACAGAGACCUACGGAGCCUUUACAAGAAGGUACGAGUCCGCUCCGGGUUUGGGACGGACGGGUAUUCUCAGUACCAUUUUGUGGGCUCCUCCUCCACGAUAGAGCGAGACAGGCAGCGGCCGUACUCCUCCUCCCGUACUCCGUCCAUCUCUCCCGUACGGACUUCGCCUAACAAUCGAUCAGCGAGCGCUCCCGCGUCCCCCAGGGAGAUGAUGGCGUUGAAGGAGAGGAAGGCAGACUUUGAGUCGACUGGCAAUGCCAGUUACCAUAGCAACAAGGGCGAGCACACAUCCCGGAAGGACGCCAUGACGGAUUCUCUGAGGGAUCGUUUAAACGCCCACAAAAUUCCUAACCUGAUAGACGAGGAGACCUUUGCAUCACUCUCCCUGUGGGUGAUGGUCUCCUCUCAAGGCUUGCCGUCAGAGCCUUACCCACCUUUCCAAAAUCCCCCCCCGCCCGACAACGGCAACUACGAGGACCAGGCCUUCUAUGAAAACCAGGUCCAUGCGGGGGGGCGGCCGCCACAGGGGGAGCUCAACAUGCACCUGCAGGGCCUCAAGUCCACCGGCAACUACGUGGACUUCUACUCAGCCUCACGGCCCUACAGCGAGCUCAACUACGAGACCAGCCACUACCCCGCCUCACCGGACUCCUGGGUCUGA